CAACAGAGUACAAAACCCCUCGAUCUGUGUCUUGUUGAACAAAUACGGACAAAAGAUGCAACUUCACAUUCCCAAUCCAGGCCAGCUGGCUGUGAGCGCAGGGAUAUGGAUGGCCCCUGAGUCUGGAUACCACUCGGCUUCGCUCCAUGUCCUUCUUUAUCUUCUUCAGCUUUUAAGCACUGGGGCAUGUUGGCCAAAUGUUUUUAGGUCGCAGGAGGAUAAGUGCCCUGGCCCGCAGUGGAACGCCAUGUGCCGUACCUGCUGUGAGUAUGAGCAGAUUGCAUGUAAGUGCCCGUCUCAGGGAGUGAAAGUGGGCUAUGCUGUACCCUGCUGUCGAAAUGUUCUGGAUGAGUGUGACCCCUGCAUCCUACACCAGGGCUGCAGUAUUUUUGACAACUGUAAGACUUGCAGCAAUGGCACCUGGCAGGCCAAGGAUGAUUUCUACAUCAGAGGCAGGUACUGCACAUCCUGUCGCCAAGGGUGGUCUGGAGGAGACUGUCUCACAUGCGGAGAAGUCAUACAGAGGCCACACGGUCAUGUGACUUUAGAGAGUUAUCCAAUCAAUGCUAAAUGUGAAUGGACACUAAAAGUUGGCAGAGGCGCAACAAUGGAGCUCAGAUUCUCAAUGAUUAGCCUAGAGUCUGACCACAGUUGUCAAUAUGAUUAUGUGGAGGUGCGGGACGGAGACAGUGUCAAGUCGCCUGUGAUUGGCAGAUACUGCGGAGAUGAAAGCCCUGCACCAAUCAAAAGCUCUGGGAACUCUCUGCACAUUCGAUUUGUUUCAGAUGGAUAUAAUAACCAUGAUGGCUUUUUUGCUACAUUCCAGGAAGUCUCAGGACAAGCAGCAGCGCUCUGUGCUACUCCCAAAAAGCCAGCCAACGGAGACCUAUUCCUGCAGUACAGUGAGGGUGGGCUCCUUCGCUCAGCUCAGUAUCUCUGCUAUAAACCAUACCAGCUCAAGGGAGUGUCUCAGCGGGCAUGUCUUCCCAAUGGCACUUGGAGUGGCACCGCUCCUGUGUGCAUAAAGGAAGUGGUCAUAAAAGACUGCCCUGCUCCUCCACAACUCCACAAUGGUUACUCAACAGAGAUUUCAGCCUCUGAUGGAAGACUCAAAUAUGUGGAGUAUUCCUGCAACAACACGUAUUUUCUCAGUGGAGACUGGAAAAGAGUGUGCCAGAAAAACGGGACCUGGAGCGGCAGUCAACCCAUGUGUGUAAGAGCCUGCCGAGAGCCGAAGGUUUCAAAACUUGUGCGCCAGAAGCUUUUAAAAUACCAACCUCCUUCCAGGAAAAGUCCAGUCCACAAGCUGUACUCUGCAUCCAGUCUAGGAGUGACAGAAGGAGACUCUCCAGAGAAGGCUUUUCCUGUUUUUGGAGAUUUACCACCAACUUUCCACCAUGUGUACACCAGUAUAGAAUAUGAAUGCGUUUCAGCGCUUUAUAAGCCCUCUGGAAGUGGCCGCCGCACAUGCCUAAAGACUGGCAAGUGGAGCGGUCGACAUUUCUCCUGCUCACCAGCAUGCGGUAAAUUGCCACCUGCCAGUCCCCAAAAUUUGACAGAGAUUCACUGGCCAUGGCAUGCAGCCAUUUACACCCGUCUGUAUAAUGCUAGUCCUUUUAUGGCAAGGACUAAAAGACGGGGAGAUACGUUUGCUGUAGAUGAGGAAGAGGAGGAAAAGGAAGAUGGACAUAAGAAUGCCCCAAGAUGGCAGCUGGUGUGCAGCGGUGCUCUGGUGACCCAGCACUGGGUUGUAGUGACAGCUCAUUGUGUGGCAAAAUCUGGACAGACUGAAGCGCAUAGUGCAGAUCACUUAAAUAUAGUGAUGGGAAAACAUCACCUCAGUGACCUGAGAGACAACAAGAGACUACAGCACAUACAGAUUGCUCAGAUCUUGAUCCAUCCAAACUAUGAUCCGCACGUCUUAGACUCUGAUGUGGCCUUGCUGAAGCUGGCUGACAAAGCUCGAAUCAGCGAGUACAUAUCCCCCGUUUGCCUGCCCCGUCUGCAGGGUGGAGAAGUCACCGCAACACAGGCCUUCCUCAGCGGGUGGCCCAUAGCAGACCAGCACGGGCUGAUGAGAGACUCUGAGGCGGCCCGGACCGGACAGAUUGAAUUGGCUGAUGUGGUGAAGUGUGAAAGGCAAUUUGGCAAACACGGCCUCACAGUUAGUAUGACUGACAACAUGUUAUGUGGACGCCAACAUCCGCUUAGUUCGUCUAUGAUCUGCCCUUCUGAAACUGGAGGGAUUGUUCUUUCACCCUCAGACGAAUCUAAAAUUACUUUAAAUUCACAGGUUAUUGACUCUAGCAAAGCAAACGACUCUGAUUCCCAUCAUUCUUGGGAACUGCUUGGGUUAGUGAGCUUCGGAUAUGAUCUUCAGGGAUGCGAUCCUGAUUUGUACACUGUCUACACACGAGUUGGCAGCUUCAAGAACUGGAUUGAGAGGAAUAUUACGUAGAGAUCACUUAUUAUUUUGACUGAACAUCAUUUUUGGGUCCAGCUUUUGCUGUUUUGAAUGAGAAAUAGCAUGAUACUGCACAUUAAAGGAUAUAAAGGUGUGAUCAUUAAUAAGAGAAAGUGGCAGACUUGGAUUUCACAACAGGUUGACAUCUUUGCGUGUGUGUGUGAGGAUAUGUUUAUGCACGGUGAAGUGAACAGGAAGCGUUCCAUGUGAGAUCAGUCAUUGCGCUUGCAGGCCUUAGCUUGUAUUUCUUGGUCUCUCUUCAAGAUGUUUCACAAGACAGUUUUCUCAUACGUUUACCACAAUCAAUAUACAUGUAUAUACACUUGUCUUUAGUGCAGCUCUGGGACAGUGUAUUUAUCAUGCAGAGUUAUCUCAAUUAAAGGAAUUUUGACAAGCGUAGCGUUGAA